CAAGCGGAUUAUGGUUUUAUUGUUGCUACUUGCGAAAACGAUAAACCAAUUCGGCCUUUGGACCUCCGGAAAAAGAUUUAUAUUAGUGGGGACAAUAAUAAUCUUUUUGUCGUAGCCAAGAUUAUGCGAGAGUUAAUAAUUACCAAACACAACUUUAAGGAAAAUUCCAGUGUUAAAGAACGCAAAAUCAAGAACCUAGACGAGUGGAUUAACGACAAAUUACCCCGUUAUGUUAGCAGUUUAGAAGAAGAAUUUGUCGGGCAAGAAAAAGAAGCCAACCACAUUAUUAGUAAAGCCGAAAAAAUAAAAAAUUCUACGGAAAAAAUUCGCAAACUAACUCUGGAUAAAAUUAUUCUGGAAAUACGAAGCAUCUAA